AUUGGAUCCACUUGGUCCGCCUCACAUAUAUGCAAACAUUGGAUACGAGCAUCUAUAAGUAGGCUUAUGGUCAUCAAGACUUUGAGAGAAGUAUCACUCAAACCACUCUCCGCAUCUAUUGUGGCCAUCAGAAUCCCAGCUUAUCAACACCACUUUUACCCCGCAAAGAUGACUGCUGCCAGAUUCGGUCAGAAGUUCAACAACUUCAACAUCAUCCAGACUAUCUACAAAACAGUCGAUAGCCAUGAUAUACGGGCAGAUAUUCUGACCCCCAAGUCUCUGGAUACAACCAGAAAGAAUCCCGUCAUUGCUCGAUUCCACGGUGGAGGCUUGUCAAGAGGAGACUCAAUCUACGCAGACUGGUUUCCAAAAUGGCUCCUAGAACUAGCGGAAACCCACAGCGCAGUAAUAAUCUCACCAAACUACCGCCUCCUCCCCGAAGCAACAGGAGUCCAAAUCCUAGAAGACGUCGACGACUUCUGGACAUGGCUCCAUUCCGAGGCCCUAACGAAGAUCCUUUCUCCACGCCAAAUCGAUCUUGAUCUUGAUCGUGUCCUUGCCGCAGGAGACUCCGCAGGUGGAAUUCUGAGCAUCUACCUCACACUUUCCUACCCGGACCAGCUUCGCGCUGGGACGGCCACUUAUCCGCAACUCAGCUGGGAUCCGCCGGCUAUUUUUCCCCCUUCGGUGAAUGCCAUGAAUGCCGAGGUGCCGUCUUCGUAUAUUGAUGAGUAUCUCGCGGGCCUCAGUCCUGGAUAUGUAGAAUCGUCUGAUUUGGAGGUACGGCGCGCACGUUUGCAAUUUGCAAUUUCUUGUCACCGGAGAGGUCCGGAGUUUUAUACUCGGGGCUCUGAAGGCUCGCCUUAUCGGGAGAAAUUGUUCCAAUUGCAACGGUUGGAGUAUCCCGAGACAAAAUUGCCGCGUGGUGGAUUGGUUAUCAUUCAUGGGACUGAUGAUGAUGAUGUUCUAGCGGAGGUUAGUGAGAGGUUUAUAAACAAGGCGAAGGCCAUUUUGAGAGGGAAACAGGGUGCUGAGAACUUGGUUCUUUGCCUUCGGCCUGGUGGGCAUGGGUUUGAUGUUGAUACUUCGUUUAAGGAGAAGUGGCUAGGUGAUUCUUUACGGGUUGCGAUUGAUACUUGGUUGGAAUAAUCUCCUCAAAUAUUGUUUGAUCCUGAGACAGUCUAGCUCCUUUUCCUGUUCUGGGGCUACGACAGCAUGGUUACUCUAUUCUGCACAUUCUAUCUUGACGAUUGGUAGACUUAAUGGAUAUUUCUUCCUG